GCGCGGCAGGAAUAGCUAGCAGCCUAGCAAGCACAUUCCAAUCAUGGACAGGCAAUCUUGCCACAACGGCAAGUACCUACAUGUCAGAUAACAUUGCUAUUCCAGCGUCGUAUUUGACAGCAAAUGAAUUCGACAAUGUUGAACAAGGUCCCCCAGAAACCACUUCGAUAUAUUCACCGCCUCAUGAUUCACGCAUGAAUCCAAUAAACAUAUCUUUGCGACACAAUCCGUAUGGAUACUAUGGAGUAGAUGGUUCGUCGCUAGCUAGCAGAUACUUUAGUCCGCUAAGUGGAUACGGAUCCUUUUUGGCACCCAUUGCGGGUAGUCCCGCUGGAUCGGUAGAUUAUUUUGAUAGAGAGGCACCUGAAGUAUCAGAAACACGUCCACAAAUGUCAAGAAGAGCAUCGGCGAAGAGUGAUUUACCGAAAUUAUACGAUCAUCCCGAAUCUGUUCCGCUUAUGAGGUCAUUGACAAGGGGUUCUCAAGUAUCAGCAUCGAUACCGGUAUCAGUCAUACAGGACGUCCAUGCUAUUCCAAUGCAAUAUGGAUCAACAUUUAAACAGUCAAUAUUCAAUUCAUGUAAUAUACUGAUCGGCAUCGGUAUACUCGCUCUGCCGCUGGGAUUCAAACUUGCCGGUUGGGCGAUUGGAUUGUCGUUAUUUAUUUUCUGUCUAACAAUCACCAACUACACUGCCAAGAUUCUCGCCAAGUGUCUUGAUUAUGACGAAGGACUCCAUACCUAUGCUGACAUGGGCGCAAUUGCUUUUGGAGAGGGAGCAAGGAGUGUGAUAUCUCUUCUCUUCUCUUUAGAACUUUUGGCUUGCGCAACUGCAUUGGUCAUCCUUGUUGGAGAUUCAUUACACACGAUCUUUCCUAGUGUCUCGAUCAUCACUUUUAAAAUAUGUGCAUGGAUUGUGAUGUCUCCCUUGACACUUAUGCCAAUCAGAUAUCUAUCAUAUUUCUCUCUACUUGGGAUAUUAUCAGCAUCUUACCUGGCCGUUAUAUUAGUCUUUGAUGGUCUAUCAAAGCCCGCCCAACCUGGUAGCUUAUUAGAUCCAAUGGAAACUGAUACAUGGCCUCCUGCAUUGGCUACUGUCCCGUUGAGCUUUGGUCUAAUUAUGGCUGGAUUCACGG